AUGGCCGCCUUACUUGAAACGCCGUCGCGAAUAUGGAGGCGUAUAGAAGAUAUCGAAGGGCGGGAUAUGCCUUCGCUGCCGUCUCUGCCACCAUUCGACGACGACUCUGCAGACGAUGAAAGUCUUUCCUCCUCGAAUAUCUUGGGAAAGCUUAAGGAUGCUGGCGACAAUGACUCGAACAAAUCUAUUGACAUGUCGCUGGAUAUAUCCGGCCCUGCGCAUUCUACACCCGCUCCUUCGUCUCACUAUGCAUCAACAAUACGUGCCACUUCAAGUGUCUCAAGUACUGCACGCUUCGCCCAUUCAAUUGCAUCGCGAUCCGCGAAGUCGGCCUCGCUCGGCCUCUCUGGAACUGCUGGCAGAACAAGUUCGGGUGGGAAUAGCCGAGGUAGUGUAAGGCGAGGUGAAGACGAGAUGUCGAUGGAUAGUUUUGACGCAAGCGUGAUCACUUCCUUGCCGGUGGUGGAUCCGGCUACUGAGACAGACGAGGGGGAUCUGGGAACGGUGGAGAUAAGUAAGGAUGGCACGCAGGAGGAGAGCAUCAGCGUUCCAGAGGUGUAUCUACCUCCUGAAGAGCCGGAGGAGCAUGGACUGUCGUUUGCGGACGCGCUUGCGACUGUUAAUGAGUCUAGGGAACACACGCCAAAGAAGUUUAUGGAAUACUCUGUCAAUCUACGUUCGGAACCCAAGCCUUCUCCAAGAGACAGGUUUCGCAAUGUUGCUAUCCGAGAGAGAAAAACUAUUACAACGAGGACACGAACUCCUUCACUCUCCCGCACGACACCAUCACCUCAUUCAUCCCCGACUAAUUCAACUCCUCGGAGUAACCGUACCAUUAAUAUGACGCUCCCUCGCUCGGCAACUGCUUCUCCAGCUGUUCCAACGCCGGUACUAGGCGCGUCGAUUCCCCUACCGCGAUCGAAUACCGCAUCUCCAGCUAUUGUAGUGCACUAUGCGGACGACGAUUUGACAGAGAGUAUACUUUCAGAACAAGAGCCGUCUUUGGGAGAUGCGGGGCUAGCACUUGAUGAACUUUCGAUGGAGAUGGAUGUAACAGAGGUACAUCAAUCUCCAUAUACUUCAACUACACAGCUAGAUCUUCCACGGGAGGCUAGUACAUCUAUGAGCCCUUCCCGCAUCGAAUCCACCCACGAAUACGGUGAACGGACUGAUGAACGCGAGCCUACAUUCUCAUCCGAAGAAGGAGCUACCCCGCCAACGAUACGAAAUCCCAACCAAGCUACGCCCAGGGCCUCUCCGUCGCCAAUUGCAAUGUCUUCGCCUGCUUUGUCGGCAGCUUUCACACCAAUUCCUGCUACGUCUCGGCCCCGCCUUCGCGCUCGCUUUGCACCAGACGAAAGUGCGGAAGAAAGAGAGCCCGAGACCCCUGUUCACUAUGCUACCGCGGACGCUGAACAGGUAGAAGAGGAGGGUGAAAGGGAUCCUCUAACCCCACACGCGGCGCGACGACGCUCGUUCCUUCUGGCAGUUGUUAACUCUACGACCCGCCCAAGAUUAAAGAUGCCGACUCCCCACCCUAGACGAGAAAGUAUCUUCCCAGGCACUCCCAGCAUUGCCGAAUCGACUCCAGCAGCUGCACAUUUAAGUGCAUUGGACUCAAACGGACCUAGUACUGGACCGCGCUUACAAUCAGCGUUCGCCGGCGUCACACCUCGUCCUCUUCCGCGGCGUACGUCUCAUCCAUUGGCGCAAGCUUUUACCCCAGAAUCACCGCCUCCUGCCGAGUCGCGCGAUGGCUCCGCUUCGCCUCGCCCACCUUCUGAAUCAGGGAGUGCUACAAGUAGUAAUGCCCAGUUGGCUACUAUUCCUCCUUGGGCCACGCCCGGUCCAUCUGGAUCGCCGUACGAUGGCGCUAGUGACAGGGCUUCAUUCAUUUCAACUGCAUCCUCGCACGAUCUCACUACGCACCAUCGAGCAAAUACUUCUUUUGAUCCCGUCCUCGGCUUGGGUGCCCAAGGUCAUGGAUUGGGGCGCUUCAAUGCAGGGAAAUUGAAUACGUACCUUCACAGUUUGAACAGACGACUACAAGAAGAAAACGAGUUGUUGGAGGAGCGAGUACGAAUACUGGAGGAGAGGUCGGGAAAGACGGAGCUCGACGCUGGCGGAAGGCGGUUGAGUGCCGGGAGUCGACGAAGUAGUAUGGGAGGUACAAUGUUGGGUAAUGUGGAAGAAGAUGUAAAUGCAGAGGGCUGGAUGGAGGAGAAGGCUCAGUUGGAGGAAAUGGUGGAGGAUCUACAAACGAAGUUGGAUAAGUGCCAAGAAGAGAAGGAGAGCAUGGAGAGGGCGUUGGAAGAAGAAAGAACCGAGAGGUCAAGAGACAAGGAGCGUUGGAAGGAGCGGAUGGCGGAAGUGGAGACAGGUGUGGAGGGUAUAGUGAGGGACCUAGAAAGACGGGUGGACAAUGCUGAGAAGGAGGCAAAAGAGGCAGAAGUUGACUGGCAAAAGCGGGUGAAAGAUACCGAGAGAAAGUGGAUUGAAGCAGAGGAAGAAAGAGACGCAGCUUUGGAGCGUGUAGCCCAGGCGGAACGCGCCCUGGAAAGCGGUCAAGAGUUAGGAGGAGAACUGGCGUCUGCCAACGAGCGGAUCGCACAGCUCACUGGGGAUGUGAGGAGCGCCAACAUCCACAUCGGUGAUCUGGAGGAGGAGCUCGGGCGGGUUGACGAGAAGUUAGUCAAGGCCGAGAAGGAACUACACGAAGAGAAAGAAGUAGCCGCGGCUCUCGAGGAGGAGCUCAUGCAAAAGGAGGAGGAGGUCUCGGCAAACACUGAAGCCUUGGAACGCAAAGAGUCAGAGAUUCAUCAAUUGCAGGAAGAACUCAAGGAGUCCAAGAGUUAUAUCUCGCAACUGGAAGAAGAUGCUGGCGCUGCGUCGGAGAGGAUCGAGUCCCUCGAAGAACAAAUAUCUGCUCUUGGAAUUGGCCAGAGAGAUCUCGAGAAAGCAUUGAACGAGGCGCAUGCAGACAUCGAUGACCUUCAAGAUGCAGUCCAAAGGUCCAACAUGCUUGCACGUCAGUUGGAAGAGGCAUUGGAGGCCGCCGAAGAGAAGAUGCAUUCCGACGAACACGAGAUCAUCGAAUUGCAAGCCAAGAUCGACACAUUGGAGCGUGAACGUGAACGGGAGGCAUCUUUCGCCCAGAAGGAAGCCUCCAAGAGUUAUGCUGUACCGCCUAUCGAUGUUGACGUCGAUGCACUUGAGGCCGAGCUUGAUGACGCUCACAAGGAGAUCGCGAAGCUGACAACUUUACUGAACCAAUCGCCCGCCCGGAAAGCAGUGGAGAAGGCCAGAGAGACGAAAAUCGAUAUCUUAGAAAAGGAAAACGAAGAGCUGAAGGAGAGGGUAAAGGCUCUAAGGUCUACUAUGACGGACAUGAACACACCCGGCCGAGUGGUUAACGCCAGCGGCAUGUCCCCCUUCCACCGACAAGUUUUGGCUAUGUCCAUGAGAGCACCUCGAACACCUGGUGCACCCCUCAAAGACAUGUCUUGGCUGAACAACAGCCCCACAGUCCCCGACGUGUCGCCCUUCGUUUCUGAAAUUUCUCGUCUGCAGAAAGAACUUGACCUCGCUAACCAAAGUAUCGAUGACAAGCUCGACAAGCUAGAAGAUGUCGGCUUCGAUGUUGUCGGCUUGACGAAGAAGCUUGAAGAUGCUCGUUCUCGAAUAACUAGCCUCGAAGAUGAGAUUGCCCGUUUGCUCAGGCGGGAGGAACGGCGAGACCAUAGGCUCGAGCGCCUUCGCUGCAAGAAAUGUUUGCUCAAAGUUAACUUUGAGACCAUCCAAGCAGCUGACGAGUCAAGUUACCUGGAAGAAUCCCAUUCUGGUCUACCCAGUGAACCCCCAACGCCUCCCACGAAGACGACAGAAGCCUUACGAGCGAAACUCAAAUCCGUCAACGAUAAUCUUGCGGGCAUGCAUAAACACUGGGAAGAAGAGAAAUCACAACUACUGGGUGAAAAGGCCAUGCUUCAAGAUACUACAAAUCGUCUCAAUCUCCAGCUUCAAACGGCUAAAGAGGAGGCGAAGAGGGUAUCGCAGUCUGGCAAAGUCAAAGACAGGGUUCAGGCCGAUAUUCAACAGGAACUCGAGAGUGCCAGACAAGUGAUAGCAGAUCUGGAGAGUGAACUCAGAUCCGAGCGUGCGCAAUUACGUGUGUUGGGAACUGAACAGUCCCGUCUUCAAAGAGAGCGAGAGGACGUCCUUGGGCAACUACGUCGCACUGAAUCGGAUGUGAACGACGUCAAAGCUCAACUUCAGAGAGUUCGUAAGGAGAACCAGGAAUUGGAGACUGAGCUCAGAAACAACGACAACGCGGAUCAGAAAGCUAGAAUAUUAGAGGGCAAACUCCUGGAGACUGCGGAAACUAUUGAACAACUGCGACAAGAGCGUUCAUUAUUAGCUGCCGAUCACAAACAAUUGCAACGAAAGUAUACCGAGAUUUCAGAGCAAGCAAGCCAUCUGCGCGGGGAGUAUACUGCCUUCCAGGCUACGCACGAUAAGCGUCGUCAACAACUCGAUCUUCGUCAAACAGAGCUAGAUGAGCUGCGUCAAGCACUGACAGACCAAGCAGAUGAGCUUCGAAAGGCUGAAGCAGAAAAGAACCGUAUGGUCAUCGAGAAGAAGGAUGUCGCUCGCACGAUAUCAGUGCUUGAAGGAGACCUAAAGCGUGUCCGCAAGGAGGCUGAAGCUCUAGGCCGAGACCUGAAGCUCCUCAGAGCUGACAAGGAGCGACUGGAGGCGAAGCGCAAAGAGGAUGUCACUAAAGCCGAGCGAGCACACAAGCAAUCUCAGUCUCAGAUUCGCAUACUCAACGAACAGAUUCAGACGCAGAAAGAGAAGUUCCUACGCGUCCAGAAUCAGAUGAAGACGCAUGUUUGCGCAGCUGAUGAUCGGAAGCUUGAAGAUAUGAGGCUACAGCACAAAGACGAGUGCAAAGGGCUACUUGUCAACAUCCGUUAUCUGCAAGCGAAAUUGACUCGGGAGGGGACGUUCAGGCUUGAUCUUGGCCACCAGAAGCGCUACCUAUUGGUCCUCCUUGCUCAAUUUGAGAAGAGCGAACAAACGAUCAUUGCUGCCAUCGCAAAGAUCGGUUAUCCACUGCCACCCCCCAGCACGCGAACUAGGAAACUUCCGAAGUUGAAGAGUGUCGCGUUGUGUGUCAUGUUUUGGACCCGUGCAAAGGUGGCUAGUAGCAGAUGGAAGGAGCAUACUACUGCUAAAGCCGCUGUAGUGUCAGCGCUCCAGGAAGUCAGGAGACGUCGUGCUAUCGCCGUGUCAUAG